AUGUCGUCCAACGCAAGAGUCAAGCCUGGCCAACUAUGGGGCAAGAGCAAAGACGACCUCAAGAAGCAACUCGAUGAACUCAAGACCGAGUUGGGCCAACUCCGUGUCCAAAAGAUCUCCGGCGGUGCCUCAUCGAAAUUGACGAGAAUACAUGACCUUCGCAAAUCCAUCGCACGAACCCUCACAGUCAUCAACGCCAACCAACGUCAUCAACUCCGCAUCUUCUACGCAAAGAAGAAGUAUCUCCCUCUCGAUCUCCGCGCAAAGCAGACCCGCGCCAUCCGUCGCCGAUUGAGCCCCAAGGAUGCCAGCAGAGUCACCGAGAAGCAGAAGAAGAAGAGCACACACUUCCCCGCGCGGAAGUAUGCCGUCAAGGUCGAAUAG